GAGUUGCCCUGGAUCAGGACGGAAUGCGUCAUUGACACCGUUCAGGCCGCCGCAUACCUUGGCCAGGCUGUCGUGUUCCUCUACAAGGCCAUCGACUACGAUGGCCUUGAGUGCCCGAACAACUCGCCUGUCGGAUGCGCCGCCAGCGUCGCAGGCUUCAUCACCUCCAUUAGCUGGAUCGCCUCGUACCUGUCUUUUGCGGCGAAUGCUUGCGGCAAUGCUGUCAACAACGGUGCGCUCUGUGCUGGUGACUUCACAGCACUUAUGGCCAACUUCGGCGAGAUUGCCACUGUGGGCGCCGCUGCCAGGGCGGACUGCAAUUUCGGCAAGAACGCCCUCCAGAUCCUGACUUGCACGGAGACGAUCUCCCCUCCCUGGAAGCAGUUCGUCCCAGCAGGAGCCUCACCGGCGGUCGAUAAGGCCUUGAAGGUCAAGGGCCAUAAGGACCAACAGCGCAACCGCGAUUACGACAUCGUGCAGUGCGCUGUGGACGUCACCAACUCCGCUUCCGACAUCGUCCGAGUCAUCCUCCAGAUUCGUGCUGCGGGCAGCGCUUGCGCGGACCCGAAGUCCUGCGCUGUUGGCAUCAUGAACAUCAUCUCCUCCUUUGCCUGGAUCUCCCAGUUCACGGCCCUCGCCGUCUCGGAUUGCCAAGUGGGUGCCGACCAGAAGGCUCUGUGCACGGCCGACAUCUCCGACAUGGUGGCCGCUCUCACCAACGGCCCGGUACUGCAGAUCGAGCCGCCCCUGGAUGAGAAGCAGAUCCGCUCCGCCUAUCGCAAGCUGGCUCUUCGCCCUCUCCAGUUUGAGGACUCUUCCUUCAUCAAGGAGCAUGGUGUGCUCUGUUUCGGAAAGUGA